CUAAAAGGAAUCUAGUUGUUGUUUCACCUUUUAUGUUCUUCCGAGACUUGUGCUACUUCACUUUGCUUAACCCUUGCCUUGUUUCAUAGCUCCUUUGCGCGUUGAGAGGAUAAUCUUUGCCACUACACGGAGACACCCAGAAGCAGAAGCGAGUUUUCCAAGAGAGAGAGAAGGUGCAUUGCUUUGCUUCCCGCGUCUUCACAUAGUUUUUCUUAUGCGUGCAAGUCAUUGACACACCUCAAAGCUCCCACAUUUGUUGUUAAAUAACACUUGUAUUUCUCUUCAACAUCUUCUUCCCACUCAAGUUCUUUCCCUUGUUUUAGAAAGAGGUUUAAAGGGUGACACCUUCGGUUGUUGGAUCUAGCUCUCGUCGUAAUCACUGUCUGGGGCUUCUUAUCUUCUUCAAUCGCUUUCAAAGGUCAUUUUAAUUGAAGAAAUGGGAGGGCAUAUAAGCAAGAAGGCCCCUGAAACAUCAUCUGGUAUUAACCUAAAUACUGAUAUGGCAACUGAACUGAGGUCAUAUGAAGCUGCCUGCAAGAUCGACUCUGAUUUGCAGUCUUUUGACACCACCCUUCAAGUUCGAGCGAAUCAAGUCAUCAAUACUCUUGCAGUUGGAGUCGAAGUUCGGUCCCUUUCGUUUGAGUCUCUCAAACAAGUCACGGAAUGCCUUCUUGAGAUGAACCAGGAAGUUGUCAAGGUAAUCCUUGACUGUAAGAAAGAUAUAUGGAAGAACCAAGAACUGUUUGAGCUUGUUGAGGAGUACUUUGAUAACAGCUUGCUGACUCUAGAUUUCUGUACUGCAUUAGAGAAGUGUCUGAAGCGAGCUAGGGACAACCAGUUGCUUAUCCUCGUGGCUCUUCAACAGUUUGAAGACGAAACCGGGUUGGAAAAGAAGCACUAUACAAGGACAUUACAGGAACUGAAGAAUUUCAAGGCAGCUGGUGACCCUUUCACUGAAGAGUUCUUCCAAAUGUAUCAAUCUGUUUACAAUCAGCAGAUACUCAUGCUUGAGAAGUUGCAAGUCCGGCAAAGCAAGCUUGAUAAGAAAGUGAAACAAAUCCAUAUCUGGAGGAAGGUGUCAAGUAUGAUAUUUGUUGCUACAGUUGCUGCUGUGUUGAUCUGUUCAGUUGUGGCUGCAGCAAUUGCUUCUCCACAUGUUGCAGCUGCUAUAGCUGCUGUUACUGCAAUCCCAAUUGGUUCAAUGGGAAAGUGGAUUGACUCAUUGUUGAAGAACUACGAAAAUGCUAUGAAAGGACAUAAGGAAGUAGCCAUCUCUAUGCAAGUUGGCACCUAUGUUGCUAUAAAGGACUUGGACAACAUUCGAGUUCUCAUCGAGCGGCUUGAAGUUGAGAUCAAGUCUCUUUUGCAGAAUGUGGAUUUUGCCAUUGAGGAAGAAGCUGUGAAGGUUGUAAUAGAGGAGAUCAAGAAGAAGUUGGAGUGUUUUAUGAAGAAUGUUGAAGAAUUAGGAGUACAAGCUGAUACAUGUAGCCGAGACAUUAUAAGGGCUAGGACUGUGGUUCUACAAAAAAUCAUAAGGCUUCCCCACAACUGAAGAUGUUAUUAUGUUUUGUCAACCAGAAUUCCAUUCAUUGUUGCUUCUUGGAGGAUUCACCUAAUCUUGUUGCUUAUGAAAUUUGAUGUUUUUCAGUUAUCAUUGAUUCAUGAAAACUUGGGUUUGUGUUGUAAAUAAUGGGAAGCUACUGACUUAUAGCCACUUGGUAUAUGUAGGAAGCUAAAACUUAUUCUUUUGUGAGACAACAUUGUACCAAUGUAUUUGAUUAUAUUUUGUAAGAUAUAUUUAUGUUUUAACAUAUAGAUUGUUGGCAGAA